GACGUAUGGAUAGUUAAAACACCACCACUAUUCACACACACCAAAAGAUAUCAUAAUCUCUUUAACAUGGAGUGUCUUCCUUAUGGUUUCUUUCUACUUCUUCCUCUACUUCUACUUCCUCUAUGUUUUCUCAUCACAGUCAAAGGCAGAAAUGAUCAAAACAAACCUAACUUCGCGCCUGGUCCUCCUAAGCUUCCAAUUAUUGGUAAUUUACAUCAACUUGCAAAACCUCCUCAUCAAGCAGUAUCAAAGUUAUCUAAAAUAUAUGGAUCCGUGAUGCUUCUACAAUUCGGAAGUGUACCAACACUUGUAAUCUCCUCCGCUGAAGCUGCCGAACAAAUCUUGAAAACACUAGAUCUUGAUUUUUGUACAAGACCUCAACUCGCUGGACCAAAACGUCUUUCGUAUAACUACAAAGAUAUGGCCUUUGCGCCGUAUGGGGAGUAUUGGAGAGAAAUUGGAAAAAUAUGUGUACUUGAACUUUAUAGUACAAAAAGGGUGCAGUCUUUUAGGGUAGUCAGGGAAGACGAAGUCGAUGUUUUGAUUGAAUCCAUAUCGUCUUCUUCAAAUACUACUCCUGUUAAUUUUUAUGAAAUGUUAACAAGUUUUACGCAUAGAACACUCAGUAGAGUUGCUUUCGGUAGCACAACUGGUCUAAGCCGGAACCAAUUUUAUGAUGGAACACUCACGGCAAUUCUUAAUGAAGUCGUGAUUGUCUUGAACGGUUUCUCUGCAACCGACUUCUUUCCUAAGGUGGGCUGGAUUAUUGAUAGGAUCACUGGAAUCCAUGGUAAAACGGAAAAAUGCUUUCAUGAUUUGAACAACUUUUUUCAACAAAUGAUCGACGAACAUGUCAACCCGGAAAGACUGAAACUGGAGCACGAAGAUAUCAUUGACGUUUUGCUUAAAUUAGAGAAGGAUCAAAUGAGUAUGGUUCGUCUCACAAACGACCAUAUCAAAGCAAUUCUUAUGAAUGUAUUUGUCGCUGGAGUAGACUCACCGGCUGUAACAGUGACUUGGGCGAUGGCAGAACUGGCUAAACAUCCAAAAGUUAUGAAAAAAGUUCAAGAAGAGAUUAGAAACUAUGUGGGAUCAAAAGGGAAGGUAGAAGAAUCAGACCUUGAUAGUUUCCAAUACUUAAAAAUGGUAGUUAAAGAAACUCUUAGGUUGCAUCCACCAUCCCCAUUGCUUCUAAGAGAAAGCAUGAAAUAUAGUAAAAUCAACGGAUACGACAUAUACCCAAAAACAAGGGUUGUAAUAAAUGUAUGGGAAAUCGGGAGGAGUCCAAAAUAUUGGGAAAACCCACAAGACUUUUUCCCGGAGAGGUUCAAGGAUAGCUGCAUUGAUUAUCUUGGAGGUCAUAAUUUUGAAUACAUACCUUUUGGGGGAGGUAGAAGGGGUUGCCCGGGAAUGAAUAUGGCAAUCGUGUUAACAGAGCUUGCCCUAGCUAAUGUAUUAUACGCUUUCGAUUGGGAAUUGCCAAAAGGAAUAAACAAGGAAGACAUAAACAUGGAGGAAUCAUCAGGGAUUAUUAUUCAUAGGAAGCAUCCACUUGAGCUUGUACCCGUCAAGUAUGUAUGAAUGGAAAAACUAUAUAGUUCAGAGAAAACUAUAUAUGCAAUUUGUGCUAAAUGUAUAUGCAUGAACUUAUACGUUGUCUUAUGCUUUUAGUCGUCUCUAUCUUUGUUGAAAUAAAUGUGCACCAUUAUUGAAUUAUUUCU